AUGGCGACUAGCACAGAGCGAGUCGGAAUUGCCCUGUUCGCUCUCGGCCGGGCCGGGAUGAUACAUGCCGGGAAUUUGAUAGCAAACUCCCGUGCCGAACUUAAAUACAUCAUUGAGGAAGACACUCUGAGAGCUGAAAAGUAUUUGCAAGAAAGAAAAACACACGCAAAAGUUCUUCAAUUCUGUGAGGCGUCUGUAGCUCUGUCUGAUCCCUCCGUGAAGGCGGUGUUGGUUUGUACGCCAACUCCGCUUCACGAGCAGUGUGUUCUAAUGGCGCUAAGAGCCGGAAAAGCAGUGUUUUGCGAGAAACCUUUGUCUAGAAGUAUCGAUGGGACCGCACUGUGCUACAAUGAGGCGGAAAAGGCCGGCCUGCCGCUAUUUUGCGCCUUCAACCGACGCUUCGAUCCCGGUAUCAGGAGCAUUAUCAAAUCUGUCCUUGGCGGGAAGAUAGGAAGGGUUCACAUGAUUAAGCAAACAAGCCGUGAUGCUUCACCACCCUCAUACGAGUACGUCAAGUCGUCUGGCGGAAUUUUCCACGAUAGUGCAGUACAUGACUUAGAUGUCACUCUAACCAUCGCUGGAGAAGCGCCAUUAACAAUCCACGCAGUUGGCAGCUCAUUCGUUCCACACAUCAAGAAAGCAGGCGAUGUUGACUCUGUUGUGAUCACUCUGAAGUUUCCUAGUGGAGCGCUAGCUCAGAUUGAUCUCGAUCGCAGCUCCCCGUGCGGUUACGACCAGCGCUUGGAAGUCCUUGGGGAAAGUGGGAUGCUACAGAACGGCAACAAACGCGCUAAUGAGGUAACUGUAUUCACUAGCGCUGGUAACACCCAGAGUCCCAUUCUUGGCUCGUUUGCUGAGCGAUAUGCAGAGUCGUACGAACGGGAGUUGGAACACUUUCUCGAUGUCGUACUUGGCAAGGCGGUUUGCGAGGUGACCAGGAAGAGUGUGUUGCUAGCGAGUGAAGUGGCGACGGCGUGCCAGGAAUCACUUGUCACCGGGCGAGUAAUGACAUUCCAGAACUGAGAGAACUAAAAAUAUAUUGUUUGUAACUUCAUUGCGAGUGGUGAAAUUUCAGAAUUUCCAGAACUACAGAGAUAUAUCUUGUAAGACUUGUCACUUCAUUGUGAGUAACAGAAAUACAAAUCUGAGGGAUUAGGUGACGCUCCUUGUGAGGGAAUUCAAGGAUAAGAGUUUCGCCUUCUUAUCUUUUCUUUGAGAUGAGAGGUUGUUAAAGAUGCUUUUAAAAACAAAGUUUUAAGUAAAAUGUCAAUAGCGGA